AUGCCUUUGAGAACUCCUGGUAGUCGCCCUGCCACCUCUGAAUACCCCUCUGCUACUUUCCCUCCUGUGAAUACUGUAAAUACAAAUAAUGUCCGCCCAUAUCCUGCUAAUUUGACUCCACUAUUGUCCACACUACGCCCUCAUGUGGCCGCUCGUAACUGUCUAGUCUCCUGGAAGCCAGCCUGUAAGCGAACCUUCGAAGAUGCAGCGGGGCGUCCACUCAUACUCUCAGACGAAUUCGUCGACCGAGUCCAACAAGUACUCAUUAAUGGAUAUGCAGACAGUACUCUCGAAACUUACGCAUCAGGCCUACUCGCCUUCCACGUCUUCUGUGACUCGCGUGACAUACCUGAGGACCAACGUGCACCAUGCAGCAGCGACCUGCUCAACGUUUGGAUAGCAACCAUGGCCGGAAAUUUUGCAGGUGCAUCAGUUAAAAACUAUGUGCAUGGACUACGGGCCUGGCACAUCAUCCACGGAGUUGAAUGGAACAUCGACAAAGCAUCCUUUGACACCAUUAUUCAUGGCGCCGAACGCCUUCAGCCAGACCGAGCUCGCAGGAAAAAGCGGGUACCUUUCACCCCAGACCAUAUUUCCAAACUACUGCAAGAUCUCGAUCCAACGAACCCUUUUGAUGUGGCGUGUGGUGCCUGCCUUACAACAUCCUUCUACUGCGCAGCAAGAGUAGGCGAACUCACGGUCCCCAAUCUAAACGACUUCUCCCCAAAUGUCCACAUUACACCAGCAAACGUUAGCACGGCCACCGACCGCAACGGUUUCCAAACCACCAUCAUUCACAUCCCACGCACCAAGAGCAAUCAGCUCGAAGGCGAGGACCUUUACUUCUCCAAACAGCUUGGCUCCACAGACCCAGACUCGUGGUUCCGAAAUCACCGUGAAGUCAACACACCAGGACCCUCGGACCACCUCUUCUCCUACCGAUACAGAGCCACCCGAAGGCCCCUUACAAAAUCCGCUUUCCUGCAACGCGUCAACAAGGCUGCAAAAAACCAAGGCCUCCCCGUCCUUCAAGGCCACGGUAUCCGCAUUGGAGCCACACUUGAGUACCUACUCAGAGGCGUCCCGUUCGACGCUGUGCGCGUGAUAGGCCGAUGGAAAAGCGAUGCUUUCAUAUUGUAUCUCCGAAAGCAUGCGGAAAUCAUGGCACCUUACAUGCAACCCGAACUCCACCAAGACUUCGUUCGCUACACAAUGCCCCCAGUUCGAUGUGAGUGCUCUCCUCCCACUAGGGUAUCCACGGUCGCUAGAUGCGUCGUGCACUCCUACUUGCUGGGAAUCGCAGCUGACCGUGCAUACCUUCUUAGAACCUCAUUGUCUGCUGGGACCCGAAGGCCUUCGGCCUUCUCCCAACGUGCAGAACUCGCAGUCAAAGAUACAUAA